AUUCUAACCAGAACAAGAGAGAGAUGAGAAUCGGAUAGACUUUUGUAAACUGUUUUUCUUUCAUGUUUCAUGUUUUAUGUUAUCCAAUUUUCCUUAAUAACAACAAUUAAAAUGGUCAAACAAUCAAUUGGUAUCCACCAAAUGAACUUACGGUGUUUCAAGUUUACAUUUUGAUCGGGAAAAUUUCAUCUAAUUGAUAUUGAUUGUGAUUAAGUUUUUGCUUCUUACCAACAUCAACAAACAAGGAUUAUAUUCACGGAUUAGUCUCUAUUAAUUAAUGGAUAAUUUAUCUAAUUAUUGGAUUUAACUGAGUGAUAAUAUCUUGUUAACAUGUUGGUCCAAUUGUUUAAAUUAAUCAAUUUACUGUGUAUACUUUACUCAUCACUUUUAACAUCAAUAGUGUUGGUCAGUAUUGAUCAAGUGUUAAUGAUUGAUGCUGACCAAAUGGUUAAUCAUCACCAGAGUAACCGAGCACAACAACAACAACAACAACAUCAAAAACAAGUCGAUGGUUCCAGGUAUGCGACUUUAAUAACAUGCGAAGGUCAAUCUGCAAAUAUUACCUGUAAUCCAGGAACUCGGAUAAACUUAAUUCGAGCAAAUUUUGGACGUUUCAGUAUUUCAAUUUGUAACGAACAUGGAAAUGUUGGAAUGCAAGUCGAUUGUAUGUCAGCCAUAAGUUUCCGAGUUCUAAGUGAUCUUUGUGAAAAUAAACAUGAAUGUCAUGUGGAAGCGUCAACAUCUAAAUUUGGUGAUGGUUGCCCUGGAAGUACAAAGUACCUUGAAGUUCAUUAUCAAUGUAUAUCAGAGCAUAAAAGACAGCGACCUCGUCCGAACCGUCCUGGACAUUUACCUACAACAACAACAACAACAACAACAACAAGCACAACUACAACAACUACUACAACUUUAGCUCCUUCCAGUGAUAUUAAUGAAUUUAAAUUACCUUCAAGAGGUAAUCAAAAUGCAAUAGAUGAUAAAUCAAGUUCGAGUAAAGAGUCAACUGUAUAUAAUAAGCCUAAUCUUCCCUCAGUAUCUGAGGAUCCUUCAUUGUAUCAAUCAUCAUUCUCAUCAUCAUCAUCAUCGUCAUCUACAUUCUCACCAUCUUCUUUAUCAUCAACUCCAUCAUCAUUAUCGCCAUCAAAUUGGCCUGAUCAUCCACCGUAUGAUGUAUCUGUGCAAUCAUCUUCUUCACCUUUCCUACCUUCCCCUUUAUUACCUUCAUCUAAGUCAAAUUCAUCCUCAUCCUCAUCCUCAUCAUCAUCAUCAUCUUAUGGUCACUCUCCCAAUGGAAGUGCCUUGUGUCCACCUGUAAAUUCCCGAGGUCUUUUCUGGAACCGUACAGAACCCGGUACAGUUGUCCGUCAAAAUUGUCCCUCAUCUAGUGAAGGAUGGGCUAAAUGGUUUUGCUCAAUUGAUCCAUUUGGAUCGGUAGUUUGGAUUAAACCGGAAGCAGAUCUAUCAGGAUGUAAAUCAAAAUGGCUGAUCACCGUUGAGAACAGAAUGAGAGAGGAAGAGCCAAUAUUGAAAACAGCCUUUGAAUUAGUAGAGGAAACCAAAGAUCGUCCACUUUAUGGAGGUGAUUUGUCCCCUAUCAUUGAUAUUAUUGGUCAACUUAUCUCGAAACUUGAAACUGGAUUAUCAGAUUAUCCAGAAGAUAAACAAUUCACAUUCGUCCAAGAAACUUUAAAAAUUAUGCUGGAUAUCAGUAGUAAUCUACUUGAUGAUAUUCAUCGAGAUGCUUGGUAUGAUCUCUCACCAACUGAAAGAACUCGAUCAGCUGCUGCCUUAAUCAGUGAAUUUGAAAGGAUAACAUUGAUUUUCAUGGAAACUGCUUCUUCUGGUGAUUAUUAUCAACCAAGUAACAAUCUAUUUAUGUCCGUUCAUACUCAUAGAUUAGAUCAACUGCCAAAUGGUUUACGAUUACCUAAGGAAAAUGAUAAAAUUAUUGACCAACUUCCGGUUGAUUUAUCAGUUUAUGGUGGCGAUAUUGUGGAUGAUAAGAGUAACCCAAUAUAUUUACCUCGAAUUAGUUUAUCUGAUCUUACCCGUCGAAAUAUGGUUCGAGUUGGUUACAUUGUUUAUGGUAAAAUGGGUCAUCUUUUAGAUCCUAUUAUAAGUGAACCAUAUGGUGGAUCAAUAAUGUCACCAUCAUCAUCAUCACCAUUAACAUUUAAUGAUAACAAAGAAGAGGAACUCGAUGAAAAUGAUAAUGAUCAACAAAUUGUUGCAACAAUUGUCAAUUCUGAUGUGGUUGGUGUUCUGGUUCCUAAGGAAAGAUCAUCUUCCAUGAUUCUAUUACGAGAACCAAUUGAAAUUACAUUUCGUCAUUUGAUCAUUGAAAAUAUUACCAAUGCUCGUUGUGUCUUUUGGGACACAUCACAAUGGUCAGAAUUUGGUUGUACUACAAUUCAAUCAAAUGACACGCAUACAAUUUGUAGAUGUAAUCAUUUAACUAAUUUCGCUGUUCUAGUUGAUUUCACAAGGCAAGAGAUUACUGGAUUACAUGGAUUAAUACUCCAUAGUAUCACUCAAAUUGGUUGUAUUGUAUCAUCAUUUUGUCUCUGUAUUUGCCUUGUAACAUUUAUCGUUUUUAGGAAUCUUCGUGCUGAACGAACCUUUAUCCAUACCAAUUUGUGCCUUUGUCUAUUAGCGGUUCAACUGAUUUUCAUCUUGGGCAUUGAUAAAGUUUCCCUUGGUGUAUUUUGCUCAAUUAUCGGUGCAACUCUUCAUUAUUGUCUAUUAUCAUCAUUCUUUUGGAUGCUCAUGGAGGGAAUUCACCUUUACUACAUGUUAAUUGAGGUUUUUGAACCUCCAUCAUCUCGUUUACCAAUUUAUUUUAUCACUGCCUAUGUUUCACCAUUAACUAUCAUUGGACUCACCCUGGGCUUAUCUAGAUCACCCUAUGGUGGUGGUGGUGGGUCAACAUCAUCGGUUUGCUGGAUAGAUUCAAGUGUUGUCCUUCAAUCAUUUGUCCUUCCUUUGGGUCUAAUACUUACUUGUAAUCUUGUUUUCCUGGUUAUCGCUCAAUGUGCCAUGUGUAAACAUAUAUCAACCUCUUUUGUCCAUAAAGAGGUCAAGCAUCAGGAUAGGAUUAAAAGAAUCAGACGCCAAGCAAUUCUAGUUUCAAGAUAUAAGCAGCUUAUGUUAUGGGCUCGAGGAUCACUUGCUCUGGUCUUUUUAUUGGGAUUAACUUGGACCUUUGGGAUAAUCUAUGUAACUUUUCCUGGUCUAAUUACUGCUUAUCUUUUCACCGGAUUCAAUGUAUUCCAAGGAUUUUUCAUCUUCAUCUUUUCAUGUUUAAUUAAUGAACAAGUUCGUCGGGAAUAUAUUCGAACUGUAUCAAGAUGCUCAUGGUUAUCAUGGUUAUGUUGUCAAUUAUGUUCAACUUUUGAUGGAGAAAAGAUUAAUUCAUCAAAUCCAUUAGAUCGAGCUGCUUUUUUCCAUCCUUCAUCUCAUCAACAUUCAUCCUCAUCACCAACAACUCAUCAUUCAUCCUCUUUGAUUCAAGCUACUUCAAUAACCUCUUCUACCAACACCACAGCUAAACCUUCAUCUUCAGGAUCCUCUGCUGGUGGUGGUGGUUGUGGUGGUCAAGGGAUUCCACUAUCAUCAUGUCCUUAUCCUGAUACAUCUUUCUAUCCAGAAUCAGAAGAGCCAAUGAUUGGCUCAGGUUCAUCUCAAUUACUUUCAUCGGCUCGUAAAAUGAUGACAACAUUAGAAGAUGGAACCACUCGGAUUUAUGAACAUUCAACUGAUCCUGAUAUUGAUUGUGAGAUGGAAACCAGAGCUCUCAUGGAAGGAUUAACUCAUUCAGAUGCUACCUCAGGUCCUUUGAGACCAAUAAUCAUGAGAGGUGAUGUAAGUUUAACUCGAAUACCUGGUGAACAUUUAUAUGAAUGUAUUCCUGAAGAUUCUGUUUAUCAUUCAAACAAUUUGCUACAUUCAAGUGGAUUAAAUUGCUCACCAUCAACAACACCAGGACAAUUUCAACAGAGUUCCAAUUAUUUACACCAUAAUCAUUCAUAUCAUCAAUAUCAACAACCAUUAUCAUCAACUUAUGUCCACCAUAAUAAUCAUCAGCAUCACCAAACUAUUCAUCCCUCUCAGAAUCAUUCUGAAUAUCAGCAGCUUCAUCAGUUUAUCAAUAAUAAACAUCCAAUCCAUUCAACCGGUAAAAUUGGACGAGCCAACAAUAUUCGUGAUAAUAAUCAAUAUAAUAACAUGAUGAUGAUCGGCCCAAAUAAUACACUUGACCGAAGGUCAAAUUUACAACGUUCUAGUGCUUCUAAUCAUCGAGGCUCAUCAGAUGAGCUUUUACCUGCAAUAAUUAGGGACAAUACUCGUUCACCUUACGGUUUAACCUCAUUGGCAUCAACUUCUAAUCACCAGCAGCAACGAACUCCUGAUGAUUUGAUUGCUUCUCCCUCCUCCUUGUCAUCAUCUUCCACCUCAUCGGAAUCAUCAUCAACGUCCAAUCUUCCAACAACUCGACUUAAUAUUCCGGUUGCACCACAAUCGCCGAAACGAAAACAAAGUUCGAGUAAAAAGUUACGAUCUAAUAAUAAGAAGCCGAAAACAGUGUUUGCCAAAUUGAAAGGGAAUCAAAUUGUCACCACAACGGGAACAAUCAAUGGAGAUUCUUGUUGAUUGAUUGAGUUAAUCAUCAACUGAUUAAAACAAUUAAUUGUAAAUUAACUCGCUGAUUAACUUGAUUUGUUUCUUUCUCCUCUCAUCAAAUGUUAUAUUCCCAACAUUUUCACUUUCAUUGCCACUCAAAUUGUCUCUGAGAACCAAAAAUUUUAAACGUCAACAACAAUUAACUAAUCAUUACAAUUAACAAAAACUACAAAGGCUCAAAAAUUUUAUACAUUGAUUUGUCUAUUAAUAUAAUUAAUACAAUUGUAAUCAUAUUUAAAUUGAAACUGUCCAAAUCUUUUCCUUUUGUCAAUACUAAUUUUUGUAAAAAUAUAUCAACCAAAUUGUGAAGGAAAAAAGUCAAAAUCAAUUGAUUAUAUUAAUUGAUUAGCCACAAAUAAAUAAUAAUAUUGACCAAACAA